UCCAUUUCAUCUUCUGUUUCAACCAAAUUGAUUCCUUUGCUUUGCUCUGAGUUGUCUCCUACACACAACAAAUUCUACUUUUUUUGACAAAGCUUCUCUCCAAAAACUCAAGUGGUGAUUCCAUUUCCACCAUGUCCAAUUCUGAACACAACAUCAUCACUGGACAUGCUGGCUAUGUCCUUGAAGAUGUCCCUCAUCUAUCUGACUACAUCCCUCACCUCACUACAUAUCCUAAUCCGUUGCAAGAUAAUCCUUCGUAUUCAGUUGUUAAGGAGCAUUCUGUUGAUGUGGAUGAUACUAUUGCUCAAAAGGUAGUUGUACAUAAGAAUAGCCCAAGAGAGACUCAUUUUCGCCGUGCUGGGCCGCGUCAGAAGGUAUAUUUUGAGUCCGAGGAUGUGUAUGCUUGUAUUGUCACAUGUGGAGGUCUUUGUCCUGGUGUAAAUACAGUGAUCAGGGAAAUAGUUUGUGGGUUAUACCAUAUGUAUGGGGUGCACAAAGUACUGGGAAUAGAGGGAGGGUAUAGAGGUUUUUAUUCUUGCAAUACUAUUCCAUUGACGCCAAAGGUUGUGAAUGACAUCCACAAACGUGGUGGAACCAUCCUUGGUACCUCUCAAGGAGAAGGAGGCAAUGAUACGUUAAAGAUUGUUGAUAGCAUCCAGGAUCGGGGAAUUAAUCAGGUUUACAUACUUGGAGGAGAUGGAACUCAGAGAGGGGCUUCUGUGAUUUUUGAGGAAAUUAGAAGACGUGGCUUGAAAGUUUCAGUGGUUGGAAUUCCAGAAUCGGUUGAUAAUGACAUCCCGGUUAUUGAUAAGUCAUUUGGUUUUGACACUGCUGUUGAAGAGGCACAACGAGCCAUAAAUGCUGCUCAUGUGGAAGCAGAAAGCACUGAGAAUGGUAUUGGUGUUGUCAAGUUAAUGGGUCGUCACAGUGGGUUUAUAUCUAUGUAUGCAACUCUCGCCAGCCGAGAUGUGGAUUGUUGCUUAAUUCCAGAGUCACCUUUUUACCUCGAGGGUCCAGGUGGACUCUUUGAGUUCAUUAGGAAAAGACUCGCAGAAAACGGGCACAUGGUUAUAGUAAUUUCUGAAGGUGCAGGUCAUGAGCUUAUUUCAGAAAGCCUAUCUGCUACAAAUAAGCAGGAAGCUUCUGGCAACAAGUUACUUCAAGAUGUUGGUCUGUGGUUAUCCCAGAAGAUUAAGGAUCACUUCACAAAAAGUCAAAAGAUGGAUAUAACUCUGAAGUACAUUGAUCCCACCUACAUGAUCCGUGCUGUUCCAAGUAUUGCAUCUGAUAAUGUACAUUGCACUCUCCUUGCUCAAAGUGCUGUUCAUGGUGCAAUGGCUGGAUACACAGGCUUCGCAGUUGGCACGGUCAAUGGCAAACAUGCUUAUAUUCCAUUUUAUCGGAUAAAUGAAAUUGAGAAGAAGGUUGUUAUAACUGACCGCAUGUGGGCAAGGUUACUGUCUUCAACCAAUCAACCUAGCUUCUUGAAUCCUAAAGAUAUCACUACACAUCAAACGGGAAAUUAAACCUGGCCAAUAGACCAGCUGCUAGUUAGUGUUUUCUUUUUACAUGCACUUGUUUAGUGUUAACUCAUGAGUCAAUAUUCGUUCCUCUGCGACGUUAAUCGGUAAGUGUACCAAGUCGCUCGCACAAGUAAUAUAAAAUGGUAAGAACCGAGUAUCGAAUCCAGAGGGAACUUGUUUCACUCCCAUUAAAAGCAAAGUAAAUGUCAAGUUGGAUUUUUGUGUGAAAA